GAAUUUAAAUCAUAUCUUAUCAGCUCCCUAUGCCACCUAAAAUUAAAAUUAAAUCAGAUUUCAACCCGGUCCAGCUUGUUAGAUGAUGUUAAUGAUAAUCCAAAUGAAUUAGAUAAUAAUUCUAAUAAUUCUACGAACUCUCAACUUAUGUAUGGCUUGCCUGCUGACAAUGCUUUUGAGUGGGACAGCUUUCAUCAAAAAAUUUUAGAUAAGACAUACUCCACUGCUUUGGUCAAAGAGCUUAAACGAUACAAGGACGACAAUUUUGCUGGAACUGCACGGAACAUAUUAGGUGCAGUAGUCUCUAACAAAUUUGCAUCAGAAUUUAGCCUUUGUGGGUCUAAUGGCAAGAAGAAAGCCUUUAAGGAAAGUGGCUUUUAUAAGGAAAUAUUUCCAGCUACUCUGAAAAAAUUGUAUCCGAACUUCACAGACAAGUCCAUGAAGCUAGCCACAGAGAACUGGCUCCGCUUGGCUCCUCAACGUAGUGGUGGACAGAACUUCAAGAAGUACAAGAAGAAAUCCACUCCUCGUGCAGAAACUGAUGAAAUUCAGCAAGCAUGAGGUCUCCUCUCAAAGUGAGUCCACACUCACAAUUGUUUAUAUUUGUAAAUUUAUCAUUUAACGUCUCCUCAUGAAUU